CCCACAGUCAAUGCUGUUUGUUUGUUGUUGAAUUUACGGAAGACGUACAGUUAUUAAAUUGUAGUCAGUGCCGUACAAACAAGCUAUAUAACUGAAUCUGUAAUGAAGGUGUAAUUUUGCCGUUGGACAUGCUGUCUAGUACAUAGAUCUGUCCGUCCAGUUUCACGGAGGUCACCCAAUGAAAUUUUCCAUUAUAGUGAAUCUGGACGGCAGGUGACAUGACGUUAUUAAAUUUAAGCCUGUACUUCCAGCAACUUGUUUUCUCCUUCCAGAUUGGUGUUUUUUUCUGUUGGUUGUAAGCCUUUUAUGCAAGAGUAGGGGACGUACAGACCUGGAAAUUUUUCAAUAAUCCAGCGCCCUGAAUAUUUCAGCAGAUCGCUUUUCAUGUACUUGUCGAAGUAUGAUUUGACACUUGCUGUCCAUUUUGAUGCGAGGUCUUCCUAUGUCAUAUAGCUCGGGCUCGGGAUUUCAAUUAAAAGUGAAAGAAGGAGUAAAAAAAGCAGUUUGAUAUUGUUGGUAAAAAUGGAAUUAGACGAUAUUUGCAGAUUAUUUCAUAGAUAUAACUUUGAUAAUGAUACUGAAUUUCAGUCUGGAUUAGAAAAAAUAUUCAAAACAAGCUCUCUUGAGACGCCAGAGCGUUUUAUGCAAGCAAAGAUCCUUUAUUUUUCAAAGAAGUUUAAAAAGAAAAUAACAACCACUGACUACGAAAAUUGGCUUAAAAAUACCAACGUGGCUGCAGACAAGAAGACUAUAAAAGACAAGGAAAUUACAGAAGAUAAAGAUUUCAACACACCUAAACAAACAAAUGACCUUAACAUUAAUACUUGUGUAUCAACAGACGAGACUGACUUCAGUGUUAGUGAGACCCAAGAUGAUAGCAAGAUCAAAGUUAAAAACAUUCAGAAGUGGCGUGAAGGAAUAGAAAUCAAAACAGUAUUAUCCGACAGAGAAAACUGUGAGGGACCUAGUUUUGGUCAAGUGAUAGACAUGGUCUCUAAAGGUAUACCACUGCCAGGAUUGACUGAUCUAGAGAUCAAACCUUUAGAUAUGGAACCAACAAUGACCAAGAUGGAACGAAAGGCCAAACCUUGGGAGCAAGGAUGAAGUCAACAUUUACUUCUACAGAGAUUUUAAUGUACCAAUAAUGUUGUUUUAUAUGUUCUGUGGUACAAAAAAAAGAUUAUUCAUUGGUUUUAGCUAAUAUAAUACUGUACUUAAUCCUAUGAAUAAAAUCAGAAAAGUAAGACACA